UGACAGUUCUCAAGUUGGCAGCAAUGAAGCUGGGCUAGACCUUCAAAGUCAAUCAUUAAUAAGCAGAUUUGGCUUUUUCUCCAAUCAGCUGUAUUCCUGGGUCUUCAGGAAACAGGGCAAAAUAGUCAGGGCAGAACCAGAUAGAGUGCAACUUGGUUCCACGACAGUAAAAGCAACAAGAGGCAAGGCUAUACAGGGCUAUGACGGAGUAACCGUGGGCUAUAGGCAGUACGUGCUCAUGAGCUCAGAUUGGCAUGGAUACCAUCUUAAUCUUCAGUCUAAUCAUUGCAUCCUAUGAUUCCAACAAGAACGAUCCCAGAGAGAGCAGCUGCCAAGUGGAAGAGCUGCCCAGCUUCUUUCCAGAGGGUAUGCAGAACCAAACAGAGUUCGUAAUAAGAGUUCUUCCAGAAAUUCACACAGAUGUCAACGGGGCUCCGUUCAUCCAAAAUCAGACUAUAGCUACCCUGCAGUGCCUUGGCUCUGGGAGGAGAGUGAAAGUCAACCUUGUGUAUUCGGAGGGAAGGCCAAAGGUCAAGUACACGCUGAAGAACCUGAGAGUCCACUACAGAAACAGCAAGGCCUCCUCAAGCUGUCAUCUCAUGCCCACUUCCCCAUUUCAGAACGGAUCCUUUCUAACAGCUUUCUUACCGGGGAUCUAUCAAUGCAAGGUCUACCCAGCAAAGGGAGGAUCUGCUUCAUUGGAGACGGUGCCCACCACGAUCACCUCCACAGCUGCUAGAAGUAAAGGAGAGGAAACCUCAGCACUGGGGAUCCCCCGCCCUUUGUCACAAGACACAGAUGUGUCCUUAAAGGAGAGGCAGAAAUGGAGCAUUGUCACCAAAGCCCUGAUUGCCGCUGCUCUGCUGCUCAGUGGAGCCAUCAUUAUAGUAUUUGUAAUCUUUGAAGUCCCAUGCCCAAGCCCCUGCCUCAGAGCCAGAAGGCUGUGCCAAUGGCAAUGGUUAUGGAGAAGGGAAAGGAAGGAAGACCAACAACCUGGGACAACUGAGUCCCAGUUGGACUCUCAGCCUGAGAAAGGAAAUAUUCCGAACUCUUCAGACUCAAAGAAAACUACAGAGAUCACAAUAAUCCACCAGACAUACUUCUGAGUUCUGCUUUGCCUCACUCUGAAUGCAAGUGCUGUCUUCUACACAACCGUCUCCUUAUUGCAAAUCAUUACAGGAUGACUCUUGAAGCCCUUACACGCGUAACUUCACGGGGACGUUAUAAACCAACAAUAUGCCAGGACUGUGAAGGAAGACCCUGGGUUGACAGAGCCACUCUCAUGCCAGGGCAGCUGGCACAGAAGACAUAAGCCUCUGUGAUUCACUCUGCACACCCACAAAGACGGUUAUCUUUCCAUCCCAGCAAAUGAAGAUAAGGUCCCUGCCUCUGAGUGUAAUGAACAGACCUCACUGCUUCUCUGAUGAAAGAGAAAACACAGCCUCCAAACGCUGCACCCGACAGUGUGGCCCACGUUUCAACUCCCCUGUUGCCCCCCCAACUUUCUCAUGCUCACUGGCUGUCAACUAGCUCACAGGGGGCAUCUGUUCUCCCAGACUCAUGACUUAAUGAUUUAGCCUCUGUCACUACACAUAGUUAACAACCUGGCAAAGGGAACCCAGCUUAAGCAUCCCCAAAGCCCUUCUAAUAAGUCAUUCCUGAAGGGUCUCAGGACAGACUGUAUUCAGCAGAAAUAUAGCAUUGAAAUGAAAUUGGAAAAUUCACAAUUCCUAAAGGAGAUCUGAUAUUAUGCUUUUUUUUUUUCUUUUCUGAUACUGUGAUUUGGACAAAGGUCCUCCACUGUAAGUGCUAUACCACUGAGAUAUAUACUAAGCCCUUUCUGUAAAAGUAACUUUUAUUUUGAGGUAGGUUCUCACCAAAUUACCCAGAACCUGGAACACCUUGCAUGGCCUUGA